UGCGCAGAGGCGUAAAUACUGUGAGUUCUGUUCCAUUUGAUCCUCACUGAACUUGAACUUGAAAUGCCUACAAGAUUUCGUGAGCUAGCGCAAUUUGAAAAUGUCUUUCUUCAGAUUCAAUUUAAGCAAUGCAACUUUGGAGAUGGAAGCGACAGUAGAUGAAGCCCGAGACGAGCGCUUGGCGCAAGUGGAGAUCGCGCUUCUGAGUGUCAUAUUCCUGUGCGCUGCAGCUCUAAACUUCGGAUUGCUGCUGGUUUUAUGGAGGAGACGACAACAGAUGACUCGCAUGCGCGUCUUUGUCAGUCAUCUCUGCCUAGCGGACCUGGCGGUCGCCUUCUUCCAGGUGUGUCCCCAGCUAAUCUGGGACAUAACGGACCGUUUUCUGGGCCCUGACCUGGUAUGCCGUCUGGUCAAGUAUUUCCAGGUGGUCGGCAUGUUCGCCUCCACCUACAUGAUAGUUGUGAUGACCGUAGACCGCUACCAGGCGAUCUGCAAGCCCAUGGUGACUUUCCAGAGAAGGCGCACGCGCUGGAACCUCCCCGUGUGCGUCGCGUGGACUGUGUCCCUCAUCCUCAGCCUCCCGCAAAUCUUGAUUUUCUCCAGAGUUCAAAUCGCUCCGGGUGUCUACGACUGCUGGGCACAGUUCGUUCAGCCUUGGGGACUUAAAGCGUACGUGACAUGGACGACGCUGGUCGUAUUUGUUCUGCCGAUCAUAACCGUGAUGGUGUGCCAGGUGCGCAUAUGCCGCGCGCUACAGAUCAACCUGUUCAUGAAGACGCAGCAGCAGGGAGGAGAUGAGAACUCGCAUCCGCUUUCCUCCAGCGCAAGCAGCGUCGUGUCGGUCUCAAAAUCUCGGACUAAGACCGUGAAGAUGACAGUGGUGAUCGUGCUCGCCUACACCGUCUGCUGGGCUCCGUUUUUCACCGUGCAGCUGUGGUCUGUUUGGGACGCCAAAGCUCCAACUGAGACCACGACUUUUACUAUCCUCAUGUUGCUGGCAAGUCUGAACAGCUGUGUCAAUCCUUGCAUUUACCUUCUUUUCACCGUGAAGUUUCCCAAACGGUUGGCAGGUUUGCUGAGCACGGAGAACGCCGAUAUGAAGGAGUCGGUGACUGAGGAAGCCACAAUGGUCAGCUCCCUGUAUAUGAGCUACAAAAACCCCAGUGAAAUACGGUGAAAAAGAAAGAACACUAACAAAAAGUACCAAUAAGUACCAUUGUACCAUUGGAGUGUUUUUAUGGCAUUAAGCUACUAUUUUUCUAAAGGCACACCUUAAGCAUAUGUAGCUUUUUUUCUGGUCACAAAGUGCAUCAAGAUUGAAUUAAUAAAUAAAUGUCUUUUUAUUGAAUAUUGAUGGAACAACCUAAUUUGUGUAAAAAGAAAUAGGGUGGGCCUACAACGGGGUAAAAGGCUCCAUUGAUUUUAUCUUCUCCCAAAACCCUAAAUAACAACAAAAACUACCACAGUACUGUACUAAAUACCUGUAUGUCACUCACUAUACACUGGAACGUUUUCCUGUUCCAUGAGAUCUUUGUGUGUGUGGUGUCUAAAGAUUGAUUUUGAGGCAAUUUGAUCUCAUUUUUAUUUUGUUUUUAAAUGUUGCAAAUUUAUGUGGCUAAUGAAAAUCCCUGAAAUUAACAUUUCUUUUGAGACAAAAACUUAUUAAUCAUUUUCAGUUUUAAGGUCAUUAAAUCAAACAUUUUUCAAUAACUGUCCCAUAAGUGAAAGGGUGGUAUUUUUGGGUAAAAAUGUUGACAUUUACAUUAACAGAGAUUAAUUAGAGCUGAAAAAGUAUUGUUCAUUGUAAGUUCAUGUUAACUAAUGUUCAACCUUAUUGUAUUGUUACAGGGAUACUAUAUAAUUUGGUGGGAUUGUAGUGUUGAAAUUGAAAAUGCUUGUACUUGCUCAAUGUUUCUUUGUGUUUUGUGUCAAUGAAGUGCUGUGAUAUACUGCUCAAUUUGGCAUUGAAAUAAUUCCAAUAAAGUGUACAAAUACAAAAUCAUGCCUUUUAGAAGCCAAGGACAGUAAAUGACUUCAGGCAUCACCAUUAUUAACCUCAGUGAUCUGUUUUGUGUUCACAAAGAAUAAAAAGGACAAAAUAGUACA